CGUGCCUCGAGCCAGCGCUGAGUGGAGCCUGUCUGCCAACAGCUUCAGCAGCGGCUCUAUCAGGAUCCUACAACACUCACUGACAAUUAAAGGAGGCCCCUUUUUCUUCUUAUUUCCGAGGACUAUUCUUCACCAUGGGCGACAAAAAGAGCCCUACCAGGCCAAAAAGACAAGCCAAACAGACCGCUGACGACGGCUACUGGGACUGUAGCGUGUGCACCUUCAGGAACACCGCCGAGGCUUUUAAAUGCAGCAUCUGCGAUGUGAGGAAGGGCACAUCCACAAGAAAACCCAGAAUCAAUUCCCAGCUGGUCGCGCAGCAGGUGGCUCAGCAGUACCCGAUGCCUCCCCCGCCGAAGAAGGACCGCAGGGAGAGAAGCGAGCGCAUGGACAAGGAGCGCCCGAUUGGAGAAGGAGAACGCGCCAACAGCGACGGGCGCCCAGAGCUGGAGCGUCCGGAGACCGUAGGUCCAGAGGUGGACACCCCCGAGCAGGAGAAGAGCGAUAUGGAGCAGCCCAUCAAAGAUAAACCCGACAGAGAGAAGGAAAUCAGUCCAGCUGUCACGAAGAAGCCCAACAGCAAAAAAAACAGACCUAAAUCAGACACCCAUCAGAGUUCUCCCAGCGACAAACACAGCAUACAGUCUGGCAAAUCAGCAACCAAGACCAACAAGAACUCUCACAUCUCCAGGCCCAAACUGAAGAACAUUGACCGGAGCACUGCCCAGCAGUUGGCCAUCACAGUAGGGAAUGUGACGGUUAUCAUAACAGACUUUAAGGAAAAGACCCGCUCCUCCUCCACGUCCUCAUCCACCAUCACUUCCAGCGCGGGCUCUGAACAGCAACACCAGAGCUCCGGCUCCGAGAGCAUGGACAAGAGCUCGUCACGCGCCUCCACACCCAAAGGAGAUCUCUCUGUGGGGCACGAUGAGUCAUUCUGAGAUCCCACUCCUGCGCCAACAAGCCCCCCUCCCCCCAACCCACUGCUUGUCCUCACCCCGAUCCCUCCCUAUGUUUUAUGGACACUAUGGAUCCUAUAGGGGGAGAAAUUUCAGCCUUCGCACCGCUGCCCUGCCUCCAUUCCAUGAUCACCUUCGGAUGCUUGGAUAACCUGGCUGACUCUAGGGAGCAGUGCGCCUGUCGAGGAAACACACACUCUGCUUGGGGACCUUUCCCUGUGGUUCCACCCGUGGCACAGGCAAGGAGAGCUGGGCUACAAACAAACACUCCCACCCCCGUCCUCCCCCGCGGUAGCAUCCAGACACUUGUAUGUAUUGUUUUAUAUUUGUACGUGGAUGUGAGGCCAAGUCGACAUUUUCUUUGUUUGUUUUUGUAAAGAAGAAUUCUCCUCUGGGCACAAUAACCACAAUCAUUUUAAUAACUUUAAUCUAUUAUUACCCUUAUUUAUUACCUGUUGCACCUGUAUACUUUGGUAUUCUCCUUUUUUUAUGUUGAAGCUUUGCUGUGUAGCUCUGCCAAUCGAUUGUUCCUUCAGUGUUUUUAUUGCAGUUUGAUGAUGACAGGACAAGAGUGGAGUCGCAGACAGACGCACACAUCCCAUAGAGACACAGACACACACCUACACACACCGACACACACACUGGUGCUAGAUACACUGUGAAGCAGUUUUGCAGGUCUGGGAUUGACCAUUCACUUAAUGUGACAAAGUGCUGAAGAAUCAAAUUCUCAUUCACUUUUUUUAAACCAAACUGUCUCACUCUGGACACUGUCUCUUCGUUCUGUGCUGGUCAGCGUGCAACAGAAGGUCACCUAGAGUUCAGUCACCUGACUUUUCCAACUGUUGAUUGUCUACGAUUUAUUAUGCUAUAGCAGAUCCUCUUAUACAGUAUCUUAUGUCCUCAACUGUACAGUGUAGGCUCUUGUGUAAAACACUAAAAAGCUGUUGAUAUCUUCUCAUUCCGAACUUCUAUUGAGUUUUCUGGCUGAAGGCAGAACUCUCCUCUCUCCAUUCUUUCAUUCUUGAGCCAGGGUUUAUUUUAAACUUCAUUUUAUUUUAUUUUUUUGACUAAAGAAUGGUUACAUGCAGUUCCACUUGGUGAGACCAUACUGAACUGUAUAAAAAUAGACCUGUUGUGUGAAGCUAUCGUAAGAUUUGGUUUCUCUUUGGUUGUGGUCGAAUCUCCAUCAUCUCAACACGAUCCCACAAAACAAGCGCAAACAUAUGACCAAUUUCCAGAUUCAAUUGUUUUUAUUUUUGAAUAAUUUAAGACUCCUGUUAUUGAAGGCAAAAAUAUUGCAGUAGUUAAUAGAGUUCAAAUGCUCUUUCAAUUUUUUGAACAGCAAGGUUUAUUUAAGGUUUGUAUUCACUUUCACCUUAGCUGAUACUAGACCAACAUAAUUUCCUCUUAACUGUAUGAAAUUGUAUAAAGAAUAAAUGUGUAUAUGAUAUCUUAGUUUUAUUUAUUGAAGGACCAAAGGAAUUUCAUAAUGACAUGAUACAUAGACAGAUUAAUAACAAUUUGAAAUGCAAUUAUCUAAUGUGUGAGAUGAAUAACAGUUUAAAUAAAGACUAAUAUAAUCCAUGUAAAUGGUGUUCUUCUUGUCCACUUGGCUCAGUGCACAGCUGAAUCGGGUCAGAGGACUGAGUUGCACAGCAUUACUGGCUCAGGUGCAGCCGAGAAGGGCUCUGGUUCUGCUGGGCCGAAGACUUUGGCCUCAGCAAUGCUCACUCUACUCGACCACUGCAGCACAAGCAGCAGCCCCCCCCCACCCCCACUCACUAACUAAGCUGCUCCCAGAACAACUAAAAACCAUGCUAACAUGUCCCAGAAAACUCUCCAGAGCUCACAUAUGAAUCAUAAUCCCACGUGUUGUAAGCAACGUUUGUGUUCCUAACCACUUCCUGCGCUGAAGCCAUGGUUAAUAUGUAAUUAUGUACUUUACUACAUACCGAUAUAAAACCAGUGUUCAGAACAAUGCAGGCAAUGCAAUGUGAAUAUACCCAAAACAGCGAGUCUGUGGGGUCAGAGGGGAAAACGUGUCCAAUUUGAAAGCUUUCCUUUGUAAUGCAAUCUAAAGAAAACAGGCCUAACGAGCCAUCUUUUCACCUGCCUUACCACCUUCACGCCAACACAAGGGAUUCAUUGUUAAAUUAUUGACAAAUGUCCAUUUGCUGACUAUAUGAAUUAUUGCUUGUAUAUAGGAUUUUAAAAAAAGUUCAAAAGCAGACACUAUGAAAAAUGGCAUUGGAGCUGACGUCUUUUGUUUCUUGUUUUCCUUUUCGCGCAAGCAGUUCUGUUCUUGUGUGCGACCAGUAACCUUAAUUUACUGUGUAAAGAUGGUUACAUUUUUUAGCUUUGUUUGUCAGAGACCCAAUUAUAGAAUGCUUGUUUACUGACUGUAUAUGUUAAACGUGAAUUUCCAAUUAAGUGUAUUAUACGAACCCAUUUCUUCCUAUAACAAUGUCUUGUACGAUGCUUUUAAACUUAAUGCUUGGUUUUGAAAAAAAAGAAAAAAAAAUGUAGGGACAGUACAAUAAUCCAUUCUUUGUUUAACCCAGCUUCAGUUCUUUAUGAUUUUUUUAAAUUCUAGCUGAUGUGUCAUUGUUUUCCCUUGUGAAAUGGUCACAUUCUGUUCCUGGUGUGGAAACGUACGCAUCAUUCUCAGCGGAUCGCGGCUCCUUGUCUAGCUUAUAAUGUUGAAAUACUACAUGUUUCUGGCAUGUGCACGACUUUGCGCUUACAGGCUCUCCUGAUCAUUCUCCUCCGCUUCAGAUAGAAAUGUCUAUUUAUGAAUUUUGCUUGUAGUUUUUCACAAAUAAAAUUGUCAAAAGUA